AUGAUAAGAAAUAUCUUGAUACGAGGAAAAAGUGUUCCGUUUUUAAAAGGAGAGAAUGUUUUGAUGGAUCAUUUCAAUAAGGUGGAGUAGGCGAAGAAAUUUUAAAAUUAUUUAAACUCCUGGGAACAGUCAAACGUUGAAGUCAAAUAAAUAGAGGUAUCUUACGUGUACAUGUUUGGAUAAAAUGUUGGUUUUGUCAAUUUAGUGGUUGAUGCAUAUUUGAAUGGAAUCAGGUUGCCAGGCUUCGUAUUUCUGAGAGGGGAUGCAGUGGCAAUUCUCUUGUUAGUCAAUAAGAAGAUGGUGCUUACAUAACAGUUUAGAGUACCUGUGGGUAAAUUUACAAGAGAAGCACCUGCUGGUAUGAUGGACGAGCAAGGAGACUUUGGAGGAGUGGCAGCAAAGGAGAUCAAAGAGGAAACAGGAAUCAGCAUUUAGCAUAAUGAGAUGCAUUAUUUAUAGGAUAUGCUCGUAUCUCCAGGAGGAAGUGACGAAGUGAUUCAUUUGUUUGUUGUAGAGAAGAAUAUGGAAUAGGCACAAUUGGAUGAGUUGUGUUAGAAGACACAUGGAGAAGAAGGGGAAGGAGAAUAAAUAAAGUUGGUGAUCCAAGAUUUUACAUGGGAAAAUGUAUUAAAGACUUAGGAUUCUAAAUUGAUAGCAGCUGCAGCAGCGUAUUAUAGUAAAAAAUAAUGA